AUGUCCUUCUCUGUCCCAUUUGCUGCCGUUCAACCUGCUGGGUCCCCUGCUGGACUUCAGCAGGGUAUGAGCCCAAGCGUACAGCUUGAUGGCGAGUCUGGAGGACCCGAUUAUUCGCGACAAGAAGAUCAGCAGAGAAGACCACUGGGUGAGCUGCAGUCGCAACUGAAUGGUCAUGGCUCGGGGGGCAUCUCUUUGCCGCCACCAGGAUUGGAGUCUCGUCUCGGUGGCGAGUCUCAGGCAAUCGCUGGUGCUUCAGCGACCUUGGCAUCAGGACCUAGAGGAUAUGGCAGUGCUGGUUGUGAAUCAGUGCCUGUGACUGCAGGGCCGGGCAGGGCCAAUACUGCUUCAGUGCAUGUGAUUGCUGAACAGAGUGGUGAGAUGGCCAGUUCUGUGCAUGCGAUUUCCAAUGGUGGCUUGGAACAAUUGGGAUCAGUGCAUGCGAUUGGCAGGAACAAUGGUGCACCGACUGCGUCAGUGCCUGCGAGUACAGAUGGAGGCAGAGCUACAAUGGGUUCAGUGCUUGAGAAUGCACCCGCCUACAACACUAACACAUGUUUGGGGCCUUUGGUUGGAGAUGACCGUGCACUACCCAUUGCGCCCCGUUCUGCUAUACCUUCUGAAGAACGAUCGCGCAGGAUGGGGCAGGAGCAACAUGACGCUAUGGCCCGGGAUGGGUCCUUCCAGGCACCAACUAUGCCUGCUAAUCAGAUGAUGGGUGUAAGCACCGAUACCGAAAGGAUGAGGUCGGGCCUUCCACAAAAUGCCUUGGUGCCAUCGCCUUUGCACUGA